UUCCUCCUUCCGGCGUCCAGAGCGACGGGCGGCGAGGCUCGUUCGAGUGUUCGCGGCGGGUUCGCCGCACUGAGGGAAGAUGGUGGGCCGGAACAGCGCCAUCGCCGCCGGCGUGUGUGGGGCCCUCUUCAUCGGCUACUGCAUCUAUUUCGACCGCAAAAGACGGAGCGACCCCAACUUCAAGAACAGGCUUCGGGAACGAAGAAAGAAACAGAAGCUUGCCAAGGAGAGAGCUGGGCUUUCCAAGUUACCGGACCUUAAAGAUGCUGAAGCUGUUCAGAAGUUCUUCCUUGAAGAAAUACAACUCGGUGAAGAGCUGCUAGCUCAAGGUGAAUAUGAGAAAGGUGUGGACCAUCUGACAAACGCAAUUGCUGUUUGUGGACAGCCACAGCAGUUGCUGCAAGUGUUACAGCAAACUCUUCCACCACCAGUGUUCCAGAUGCUUCUGACUAAGCUCCCAACAAUUAGUCAGAGAAUUGUGAGUGCUCAGAGCUUGGCUGAAGAUGAUGUGGAAUGAGAAACAAACGUCAACAUAAUAAAAUCUCAGAUAAAAAAUGUUAAAAAUUAUUAACUUGGAAGAUGAGCAGCUCUGGGGGAAUAAGGGCAAAUGCGUUUGUUAUAGACUGUCCUACACUGAAGUCUACCAAAGUUAUUGUUUGCUUUGUGUAGAUCCAUUCAUUUGUUUUAUUUAUUUUUCCCAGUGAAAAGUGUAUUUUGAUAGAGCUUUUCAUUUUAUAAAUACACUAUAAAUUACCAAAAUAUCACAGAUUUUAUGUAUUCCUAAGACAUGCAGUUAAAGUGUAUGCAUGGCAUAGGUUUCUUGGGCUAAAAAACAGCCAGUUCUCAGUUUUAAAAGUUAGGCAAAAAAGUGUGAAGAGUGCACAUUUUUUAAGCUAGUACAUUUUACUAUAAAUCAGAAAAUUGGAUAGAAACUUUAUUGUUUAUGAAAAUGAAGCAUUAAAUCUUUGAGAGAUCAUUUCAUCUCUGAAACGUGAGGUGUGCUACUGUGCUGUGUUAACUUGACCUCCUCCCUGUGUAUCAGUCCUAAAAUCUUUUAUUUAAAUCAGUGGGCUUCUGUGUUCUGGGUAUUAUAUCCUUAUUUUAAGUAUAUGGGGUUGCAGGUGGCACCAGGAGUUAGAUCUGUGUGCACCUGGUGUCGCCACAUGAGCUUUGCCAGUACAUGUCUGCUCACUUUCCUCAUUCAUAGAAGGAGAGACUGGUCUGCUGAUCCCUCAAGGGUCCCUUUCAGUUUGCAAUUCACCUGAGUGUAUUUGUGCAGCCAGGUCUUGCAUUUUUUUUUUUUUAAUAUUCUGAAUUCUGCAUGCUUGCCUGAAUUAGUAUUUCUGAAUUGAUCUUUUCUAAAUGGUAUGACUGUCUUCGUUUUCACUGAGACUAAAUAGUUUUGUCACUACUGUAUAAAUUAAUCUGAAACUUAACUUUUUAAGUAACUGGGAUGAUCUGCUUGUAAGAUGAUUCCUUUUUUGCUUUUAUCUUCAGUGUACCUCCUUAAUUCUUCAGCUUGAUUGUCUUGUGCGGUAAAUGAAGUGUGAUCUUGUGACUAAAGAUUUGGGAAGACUGGGGCUGGUGGGACCUUUUAUUUUCAAAUAGUGGCAUAUUAUCUGAGUCACAGACUCCAUUUCAGAACUGAGAAUAAAUAAAGAUCCUUGGUACUUAAUGGCA